UUGCAAUCAUCUCAACUUCCAACUUCCCGAGUGUCUGUCUUGCUGCUCGGACCUUGGGGACUGAAAGCAGUCCCCAGGCACAAAGUGGAAAAAAAAGAGGAAGGGUGCUGUGGAGGAGAGGGUGGGAGACGGCAUCUGUCAUGUCGCAAUGACGCACAGUCUGGGGCCAGCCCCUGCUUGUGGCGCUUCUCUGGACCCCAGAAGACAGCCAGCAGCAGUUUUCGCAGAGGUCCCACCACAGAUAUGUAUCUUUUGCCUUCACCCGGCUCCGCUGCGGUCUACAUCUCCCUCCUGCUUGGCUGCACCUGGCUCUGCUCGGCUGUCGAACUCUCCACAGCUAAGCCCUCUGUGCGUCGCAAAGGGCGAGUCUUGAUCCCUCUCACUCCCCAAGAAGAAACUGAGUGCCCGAGCGCCUCCGUGGAAGCUUUUCUCAACAGCACUGUGACCACCCAUGUCCUCCCUGCUCUCUACUCGGUGGUGCUGCUUGUGGGGCUGCCAGCCAAUGCUUUGGCCUGCUGGGUCCUGGUGACCAAGUUCAAGAGACAUUCGACCACCUUCUUCCUGCUUAACCUAGCCAGCGCUGACCUGCUUUUCGCUCUCCUGCUGCCCUUCAAGAUCUCCUACCACCUCUUGGGCAACCAGUGGCUCUUUGGGGACUACCUGUGCCGCACCAUGGUAGCCCUCUUCUAUGGGAACAUGUACAGCUCCAUCCUCUUCCUCACCUGCAUUGGCCUGGAGCGCUGCAUCUCUGUGGUGCACCCGUUCCUGUGGAAGGGGUCCAGGUGGAUGUGGGGCAGGGUGGGUAUCUGUGUGGGAAUCUGGCUGGCAGUGGGGCUGGGCAUGAGCCCUCUGCUCUUCAGUCCCCAGACAAAGCACAUCUCAAGGCUGAACAUCACUACGUGCCAUGAUGUCCUAGAAAAGCCUGAACAGAAGAUCAUCUUCUAUUAUUUCCUCUCCCUGAUAGGGCUGGGCUUCGGCCUGCCCUUUGUGCUUAUCACCAUCUCCUAUGGCUGCAUCCUGGUGCGGCUGGUGGCCAAGGGGGGACACUAUGGGCAUGUGGUGCGUGUCCUGGCCCUGGUCCUCCUGGUCUUCAUCCUCUGCUUCACCCCCAGCAAUGUGCUGCUCUUCAACCACUAUGUGCUGGGUGCCACGGGAUGCCACAACAUCACCUACAUCUGGUAUGCCCUGGCACUGGCACUCAGCGCCUUCAACACCUGCUUUGAUCCCUUCAUCUACUUCUAUAUCUCCAGGGAUUUUCGGGCUCGCGUCUGGGACGGAGACACCUGCUGCCCCAGGCAGCUCAAGACCUCGACAGGGAAAGCCUCUGAGAAGGCGGCCUUGCCCCUGAGGUCCAGCGAGCAGAGCCAGCCAUAAACGGCAGCAGGGGGGUGCUGGGCUGUGUUCCUCACCCCUGGGUGGGGGGAAUCUGUGACUCAGUGCCCAGCACCCAGCCAUGCCUCUCUGUGGCUCUGUGCCACAUCAGCCCCACGGGUGCUGCCUCUGCCCCAACCCGGUCGCGUGUGCCCCAGCACCACGAAAUGCAGCAGCCAGAGCACAAAUGGACAUGCUGUCAUUCAGACUGUGCCAUGGGACCAGUGAUAUUCCCAGCUGCCAGCCUGGCCCUGGAGCAGCUCCCCCCCCGAGCACAUGUCCUGGGCUGGCAGCAGACUCAGGCAGAAAAUCCCCCCUGGAUUUGAAGUUUGCUGUGACUUUGCCAAAGGAUAUUGGAGCUCCACAGGAAGGUGCAGAAUGGCCCAUGCUGGACUCUGCUGACAUGAAAUCCUGGUGAUUUGAACCUCGUGGGCCUCCCCCUCUGUAUGGGGCUCUUUCCCAGCCCUCUGCCUUGCCACCAUCCCACCCGCCAGGUGCUGGGAGCAGCCGGCCGCUCUCGGUAGUGGAAUGGUCCUGGCUAGAACAGAUCCACUUCUCUGAAAUCUGCAGCAGCUUCCCCUUCCUCAGCGCCCCGCCGCCCCGACCACAAAAGUAGCAGUUCCUUCAUAGGCUUUCCCAGGCACAGUCCCUUCCCAGCAUGUCACAGGGCUUGAUGUCUCUGCUGCAGCCCCCGGCAUUGCCCCUCUGUGCCCACAUCCUGCUGGCUCCCACGGCUGGGUGCCAGCCUUGCACGAUGCAGAGCCUGGCAGCACCCAGCUCCCUGCCCGCAGGACCACGAGUGCCCUCACCGCUUGCCCUGCAUCGACCAAACCCUCCAGUGUACAA